AUGGCACAGCCAACACAAACCACACAAGACACACAAAUGCACAUGUGCAACUUCAUAUUAGGCUCUGUCGGCCUACCUCCAGCCUUUGCUUUCGAACCAGGGAACGAUGCAACACUUGUUAACAGCACAGCAAGUUGGGAGCAUGCCCACGUUCCAUCCCCGUAUCCAAAAACCUUUAUAUCAAAAAGUUUAAGAAAGAUAAUUCGCGAAUUGGGUGUUGGAGUCCAAGGGAGGACCUUACAUGUGAUGGAGAAGGAUACGAAAAAGGUCUUCUGUCUAAAGGAGAUCGAAUGUCUGAACAAUGAUAAAGCACAAGAAAUAUUUGAAGAGGUUUACAGUUGA